AUGGGUAAGGGUUUGUUAUACACCGGUGUUUUGGCUUCUGCCCUUUUGGGAUAUGCUGUCUAUUUUGACUACUCCCGUCGCAACUCGGCCGACUUCAGAAAGCAGUUGAGAAGGAACAAGAAGGUGCUCCAGACUGAGGAAAAGGCAGCCAAAGAUAAAAACAACAGGGCCAAGACGACCUACAUGAAACUUGCUGUCGAAACCUCCUUGCUUACCGAUCCCCUUCCAACCGAUUUGGCCGGCAAGGAGACUUACUUCAUGGCCCAGGUCUCCCAGGCUGAGAAGUUGGCUGCUGUCCCAGGUCAGGAUGUCGAAGCCGCUGUCGCCUUUUACAAGGCGCUCUGUGUCUACCCUAAGCCAUCGGACUUGUUGGCGAUCUAUCAGAAGUCGGUCCCAGAAAAUGUUUACGAGUUGAUCAUUUUGGCCAUCGCCACCCACCCACCCCAGUCCUUGGCUAACAUCUUGGGCGACUCCAUCUCCCAGCCAACCGAAGAGUUCGACUUUGCCGAAGAACCAGAACAGGAAGAGCAGGAUUAA